AUGGCCGCUUCGGCGACAAUCUUGCUGGAUAGCCAGCACAAACAUUACACCAACCUGGACUUUCUCUCGGGUAAGGUCGUCCUCACCCUCCCGGCUGAGGCGGCCAUUGGCGGGAUCCAAGUCAAGUUGGAGGGCGAGAGUCGGACGCGACUGUCUGGCCCACGGAACCCGCACAAUGUCAACUCGGAGAAGAAGCGCACGGAGCUGGAGGUGCACAAAAUCUUGUACAAGGUUGCGACCGUCUUCCCCACGCCGGCUGUCAUGCAGACCGGGUCGCCCGCAACGUCCUACACCUUUGCCCCGGGCACCUAUGAAUAUCCAUUCCAGUUCAAGUUCCCUUUCAACAAUGCCUGCAGUAGUCACAACAGCAUGCUCACCAACCUCAAUUUCACCGGUCUCAAGGUCGAGAUGGCCCGCGACACGAACCGCCAUGUGAAAAAGACUCUGCCGCCAUCCCUGAGUGGAUUCAAUGGACAGGCCGAUAUCAAAUACUUUGUCAAGGCAACAGUCAUCCGCCCACAGUUCUAUAAAGAGAAUAUCCGAGCCAUAAUACCGCUGAACUUCCUCCCGAUUGAGCCACCGCGAACAGGCAAUCCCAAUGAAGAGACCUACGCCAGGCGCCAACACCAAUUCGGCAAGCCGCCCCCCAAUUACAAGAAAAAGAAUAUUUUCUCGCGCGGCUCGAGCAAAGACGCCCAAUCCGAUCCUCCAAAGGUCACACUCGAUGCUCGUCUCCCGAACCCUUCAAUUCUUACCUGCAACGAGCCCGUGCCGCUGCGUAUGAUUCUGAAGAAAACAACCGACUCGCCGGAUAUCAUCUACCUUCAAAUGCUGCAAAUUGAGCUGAUCGCAUACACCAAAAUCCUCGCGCAUGAUCUUACAUGGCAAGAGACGGGGUCUUGGGUUGUCGUUAGCCGAAGCAAUAUGAACAUGCCAUUGGGCAAACCCGGCGAUGCAGCCAAUACCGAAUGGACGAUUGACCCAACUCUCUGGACCAAUCUCCCUCUCCCCAACUCGGUAGCACCCUCGUUCGAGACCUGCAACAUCGAACGAAGCUACGAGCUCGAAGUCCGCAUCGGCCUCAUGCACGGCACACCAGGAGCCAUGAAAGUACGUCACCACCACCGACGACUCACCUACUAUCCAACCGCUAAUCUCCCACCCCAGCCUCAACUCAUUGUUCUCCCCCUUCGCAUGCCAGUCAAAGUCUACUCUGGAAUCGCACCCCCACAAGCCCUCCUGGACGCCAUGGCCGCCGCAAAACUGCAACCCUCCCCGACAAAAACUAAACCAACCUCCCGACCAUCCUGGCCCACAACCGGCGAGUCUGCUCCCAGGCCACCCAUGCCCCCACGGCCAGCAGACGGACCCAUCCCAGCAGACGCAGGCGCUGUGUAUGACGACGCACCCCCCAGCUACGAGGAUGCAAUGGCCGACAAUCUCGGUCCGGUGGAUGGACCACGCCGCGAGUAUCACCCACCCGACGCCUCUACCACCCGGAUGGAACCUGGAACUGAUGCCAAAUCCCCAGUCCAGGGCAAGGACCGCGCGGCGGGCCCAGCUGAGGGGUUUGCGGCAAACAGUCACGAUCGCGAACGUCGAUCCUCCUCGGAAUCCUUUGACAUGUUACCCACCACGCCUCCCGAAUCCAAUUCCGGAUCCCCACCCACCUCACCUGUCCGUCGAUCCCAGAGUACGAUGAAGGGUCCGCGUCACACCGUGGACGAGGAGAGUCCGCCCCAGUACCAGCCUGUUGCGGAGGGAUCGCAGUUACCUGCUUCCAGCUCGCAGGCGCGGCCGUCACGGAGUAACUCACGCCCUAUGAACCUGGGCGUCCCUACCCGGAAGCCUGUUCCACGGACCUCGGAGCGGUCUCGCUAG